UGAUCGCCGGUGCGCUGUGUCCCUCGGACACAGGGGAUCAUGGAAAGAGCCGAAGAUGUCAGCUCAGUUAUGUGAUCAGCUGUGUCCAAUCAUAGCUGAUCACAUGGCACUGAUGAUCAGUGUGCCCUGAUGAUCAGUGUGGCCCCAGAAGUGCCACCUGUCAGUGUCCAUCAGUGCCAGCAGUCAGUGCUCAUCAGUGCCACGUGCCAGUGCCCAUCAGUGCCACAUCAAUGCCACAUAUCAGUGCAUAGCAGUGCACAUCAAUGCCACAUAUCAGUGCCCAUCUGAGCUGCCUUUCAAUGUCACCCAUCAGUGCCAGUCAGUGCCACUUAUCAAUGCCAAUCAGUGCCACCUAUCAGUGCUGUCAAUCAGUGC